AUGGGAAACAUCAUCAGGGCCCUCGUGGCCUUCAUUCCUGCUGAUCGCUGCCAGAACUAUGUGGUCGGCGACCUCCGAGAGAUGCCGCUGGACAAGAUGGUGGAUCUGAGUGGGAACCAGCUGCGCCGCUUCCCCGGCCAUGUGUGCUCCUUCAGGGAGCUGGUCAAGCUCUACCUGAGUGACAAUCACCUCAACAGCCUGCCUCCGGAGCUGGGGCAGCUGCAGAAUCUGCAGAUCCUGGCCUUAGAUUUCAACAACUUCAAGACUCUACCCCAGGUGGUAUGUACCUUGAAGCAGCUCUGCAUCCUCUACCUGGGAAACAACAAACUCUGUGACCUCCCUAAUGAGUUAAGCUUGCUUCAGAACCUCCAGACUCUGUGGAUCGAGGCCAACUGCCUGACCCAGCUGCCAGAAGUAGUCUGUGAGCUGAGCCUCCUCAAGACGCUGCAUGCUGGCUCUAACGCUCUGCGGUUGCUGCCAGGCCAGCUACAGCGUCUCCAGGAGCUCAGGACCAUCUGGCUCUCAGGGAACCUGCUGACCGACUUCCCACCUGUGCUGCUUCACAUGCCCUUCCUGGAGGUGAUUGAUGUGGACCGGAACAACAUCCGGUACUUCCCCAGCCUGGCCCACCUAUCAAGUCUGAAGCUGGUUAUCUAUGAUCACAAUCCUUGCAGAAAUGCACCCAAGGUGGCUAAAGGUGUGCGCCGUGUGGGAAGGUGGGCAGAGGAGACACCAGAGCCUGAUCCUAGGAAAGCCAGACGCUAUGCACUGACAAAGGAGGAAAUUCAGGAACCACAGGCACCUGCCCUGCCUCCCCAACUUCCGCUUGCCAACUCCUGA